ACUUUAAUCGCGUUCGCGAGACUGUAUGGUUAACACGUGUUAUAAUAAAUCAAUAAAAACAAGUUAAUUUUAAAACGUAAACUAAGAAGAACAUAAACUAAGACGUGAUUUUUCCACACACAUUUGGUUUGCAAACUUUUUAGGAAGUUUGUAACAUAUAUUUUGGUGUAUAUUUAUUAAAAUAGUGAAGUUUUAGUUAACUGCAAUAUGAUACCAUUGAUUUGUUUGGUGUUGACAUUAUUAAGCUCAGUGUAUGCUGACAUGGCGGGCGAAUGCUCCAUGGCGGGGUUUUACCUGGAGCUGGGCUGCACGCCGUUGCCUCAGACCGACAACUCGACCAUUUGCCCAGACGCUUUCGAUUGCCCAGACCUACGGAUAAACCCUGAUCCGAACACCUGCUAUUACAGGGGAGUGUCCUACAAACCGGGAUCAUCGUUCCCCCAGAACAUAGUCAAGAACCCGUGCACCAAGAACUGCCACUGCAGCAUCAUCAACGGCACCCCGCAGUUCUCGUGCGCGGUGGUGGACUGCGUGGAGGCGGAGGGGCAUGACGAGUGUAUACUCACAUAUGAGGCUGACUCGUGCUGCAGUACUGGGACCGUGUGUGGAAAAGACGCCAUAGCAAGUUUGAAAACGUGCGAAGUGGACGGCGUGGUGUACAAAGAAGGGCAGACGUUCAAGCCGGUCAACACGCAGAAGACGUGCGCGUGCACUGCGCAAUGGAAUGGCCGGUACGACGACCCGACCAGCUGCAGGGACCUCGACUGUGCCGUGGAAAUCCACUACCAGGAUAUGAUUUUCAACAAAUGCGCACCCGUGUUCUUUAGGGAUCAACGGGGCUGCCCCAUUUCGUUUGUUUGUCCAACGGACAAAACAAAAGUAAUCCGUGGGCUGAACACGCGCGGCGUCAGCUCGCAGUGCUACUACGGCAACAUGACCGUAGACGUGGGCGACGCCGUCACGGUGCAGGAGACAUGCACCAAGUGCGUCUGCGACGUGCCCCCAUAUGUCUCUUGCACUAUGAAGGGUUCCUGUGAUGAUUAGUCUUUAGUCCCUGCGGAAACCCUGUUAAAAUCAGACUUAUAUUCGACUUUAUAGCGCCUUCGUCCACGCGGAAAAGCCCUGAUAAAGAACAGAUUUAUUACGAAGUAAAUAAAUUUUGAUGAAUUUUGUGACGCAGAGAUAAUAACUAUUUUUAUCAUUUUACGAAAUCGUUUUUUUUAAAGGAUAUUUUUUUUUUCUAGAAAAUUAUUAUACCUAAUAUUUUUUGUUAAUUUAGCUAUUAAAUAAAUAGGUGUUUUAAGAUUUUUUUGAAUCUCAUUGAUUUUAUUUUGGUUUUUAGUCAUUAAUCACUAAAUAUGUAUAGGUGUAAUUACUUAUUGCAACCAUUUCCUUUAGAAUUCCCACAGAACCGUUUUCAUAAUUAUUAGCAUAAAUUAAUUGCUUUAAAAUAUUUUCUGUAUUUUAGUAAUUUGGAACUAAAAUAUUAAACCGAAAUUCGCUCACCGUUUGCAGUUUAUGAGCGUCACUAUUUUCGAUUUCGGCUUAAAAAACAUUUGGUAGAUAUGUUUUUAAUAAAAUUAAACAACCUCGAAUUAUGGAUAUUUUUAAUUAAUUCUCAAUGUAUUUACCUAUUUUUAUCUUAAAUGUUUACAUAUACUAACAUUGUUUUUAUCUCUUAGAAAAAUCUUAAUUAAUAUUAAAGUUUUGGCGAGGUUUGGUAAAAAAACUUAAAAAAACAACAAAUAGGAGCAAUUUACAAUUAUUUACAUACACAGCCUUAUAUAGGAUCUUUGUAAAUUCUAAAACUAUGUUGUGACGACUUAAUAAUAUGACUUAUUUAUACAAACUUAAGUACUUACACUAAGUACAGGGUUAGAUUUAACUAAUAUAUUUUAUGUAAAUAUAAAAAAUUAAUACAAUGAACACAGUUUUA